CCCGGACAAAGGAUCUCAUCUUUCUUUCGUAGUGCAGGUUUGUCGUCUUAUGCAGGAUCAGCGGCUUCCGUCAUUGAAAGGGACACGAGAUUCUCUAGGACUUCUUCUACUGCUCUUCCAGAUGCCGGCACCAGCGAGGGUGCAGAGGACAUAGCAGGAUUUCUACGGGAUGCUGGUUUGUCGGCUUCAGUUG